CCCCGCCGCUGUCCGGGCCAGGUUUUGAUGCAGCGCCGCCACUUGCCGGAGCGUUUGGAUUGGCUGAAGGAGCAAGGUAGCCCGAAGAGACGACUCCUUCUCCCCGUUCAGUCCCGUCAGUGGAGCGCGAGGCGCGGUGUUACGCACACACGCAUGCACUCACUGAGCUCUCACACGCGUGAAGGGGUUCGAGAGAGGAAGACUCUGCUGGUGGACUUUGAUUUUGAGGGGGAGCAUGCAUUUUCCUUCAAGAUAUCGAUCCGCACCUCAAGACAAACCUGGUGAACCUUUAAAGGGAAAAGCAAACGUAGGCACAUUUUAAUGCAACAUCCUCACUCACGGAGGGCGAUACACCCACCUCUUAUUCUAUAACACUAUCAGAUGUUUGUAAAAACAACUGCGCUGGAUAUAUUUUCUGCAAAGCUGUGUUUUGCGCUCGUUCUUGUGACUGGUGAUUCUUGGACGGCAACGCACUACAGCGAGGGACAAUAGCGCGUGUUUGACACGAAUUUCCCAGUGACUCGGACUUGUCUCAGAGCGUAGUUUUGACUCCUCAUUAUGGGGUACGGUGCACGAACUGACAGAGAAGAAGGAAGAGUGCUGAGAUUCUCUGCUGAGAUGUCGACCCUUUCCUGGCUCUUGCUUCUUCUCCUGGUGGACAUCGGAGUGGCUCAAGUUGACGAUGACUUCAUUGGUCUCGGUGAACUACCGGAAACUUUCCCUUCAGACCCCCCAGAGCCGCUGCCCGUGUUUUUGAUGGAACCAGAGGAGGCCUACAUUGUUAAGAACAAGCCAGUUAACCUGUAUUGCAAAGCCACACCUGCCACCCAGAUCUACUUCAAGUGUAACAGCGAGUGGGUUCACCAAAAGGAGCACACCGUGGAGGAGAGGGUUGACGAGAACUCCGGCCUGGUUGUGAGAGAGGCCAGCAUUGAGAUUACUCGGCAGCAGGUGGAGGAGUUGUUUGGACCAGAGGACUUCUGGUGUCAGUGUGUGGCCUGGAGCUCUGCUGGGACCACCAAGAGUCGCAAAGCUCAUGUCCGCAUUGCUUAUCUAAGGAAGACAUUUGACCAGGAACCUCUUGGGAAGGAAGUGUUACUCGAACAGGAGGUGUUACUGCAGUGUCGGCCACCUGAAGGCAUCCCAGCAGCUGAGGUGGAAUGGUUAAAAAAUGAAGAUGUUAUUGAUCCUGCAGAUGACAGAAACUUCUACAUCACCAUCGAUCACAACCUGAUAAUCAAACAGGCCCGCCUGUCUGACACCGCCAACUACACCUGUGUGGCAAAGAACAUUGUGGCAAAGAGACGCAGCACCACCGCCACGGUUAUCGUCUAUGUGAAUGGUGGAUGGUCAACAUGGACAGAGUGGUCAGUGUGCAGCAGUCGCUGUGGUCGUGGUUACCAGAAACGUACACGCAGCUGCACCAACCCAGCGCCACUCAACGGUGGUGCCAUCUGUGAAGGGCAAGGCAUCCAGAAGCUGCCCUGUAAUCCUCUCUGUCCAGUGGAUGGCCUGUGGACAGAGUGGAGUAAAUGGUCCACCUGUGGGACAGAGUGCACCCACUGGAGGAGGAGAGAAUGCAACGCCCCAGCACCCAAAAGCGGGGGGAAGGACUGUGAGGGCAUGGUGCUCCAGUCAAAGAACUGCACCGAUGGGCUGUGCAUGCAGAGUUCCUUGUAUCAGAAGUCUUCUGAGGCAAAAGACAAGAGUGACAUUGGAAAUUCAUUGGCCCCUAGUACAGAUGACGUAGCCCUCUAUGUGGGUAUUGUCAUAGCGGUGAUCAUGUGCUUGGUUAUCUCCGUCGUCGUGGCGCUCUUCAUCUACCGGAAGAACCACCGGGACUUCAGCUCUGAUAUCAUUGAUUCUUCUGCUCUCAAUGGAGGAUUUCAGCCAGUCAGCAUCAAGACCGCCCGCAAAGCUGAUCUUCUAACUUCUCCCCCUGACCUGACCUCAGCAGCUGCUAUGUACCGUGGCCCAGUUUACGCACUCCACGAUGUUGCUGACAAAAUCCCCAUGACUAAUUCCCCUCUGCUGGACCCUCUCCCUAACCUGAAGAUUAAGGUGUACAACUCUUCAGGCUUAGUAACUCCACAAGAUGACCUUGGAGGGGAAUUUUCCUCUAAACUUUCGCCUAAGCUGCCACACUGCCUGCUGGACAACAGUGACAGCACAAUGGGCCGUCGCACACAGACGCAGACGUUGCUUCGCACUAGGGAUCCAUCCUGCACUGCUCUGGGCUCCUUCAGCUCCCAGGGGGGACACCUCAUUGUGCCCAACUCAGGGGUGAGUCUGCUGAUUCCAGCUGGGGCUGUUCCUCAGGGCAGAGUCUAUGAGAUGUAUGUGACGGUUCAGAGGAAAGACAUCAUGAGGCCCUCGGUGGAAGAUGGCCAAACAGUGCUGAGUCCGGUGGUGAGUUGUGGGCCUCCGGGGGCCUUGUUGACGCGGCCUGUAAUCAUCACAAUGCACCACUGUGCUGUGUGUGACGGCCAACAGGAUUGGCUGAUCCAGCUCAAGAGCCAGUCACAGCAUAACCAAUGGGAGGAUGUGGUGGUAGUAGGAGAGGAAAAUUUCACUACACCAUGCUACAUCCAAAUGGACGACGAGGCUUGCCACAUCCUGACAGAGACACUGGGUACAUACUGCCUUGUGGGCCAGUCUCUCAGUGCUGCAACCACCAAACGCCUCAAACUAGCCAUCUUUGGUCCCGUCACCUGCCCUGCCAUGGAGUAUCAUAUCAGAGUCUACUGCUUGGACGACACGCAGGAUGCGCUCAAGGAAGUUUUGCAGAUGGAGAAGCAGAUGGGUGGGAAAUUGCUGGAUGAACCAAAGACUCUCAGCUUUAAAGACAGCACCCACAACUUGAGACUUUCCAUCCAUGAUGUUCCCCACACGUUGUGGAAGAGCAAACUACUCGCCAAGUACCAAGAACUUUGCUUUCAGCAAGUAUGGAGCAGUUCACAGAGGAACCUCCACUGCUGCUUUACCCUAGAGCGAUUCUCAGCCAGCACGGUGGACCUGACCUGUAAAAUAUGUGUGCGCCAAGUUGAAGGAGAAGGGCAGAUUUUUCAGCUAAACACAACACUGUCGGAGGAUUCCCAGAGUAUCGAUACAUCUCUGCUGGACCCUGCCAGUAACAUCACAACAUUGGUGGGGCCAAAUGCCUUUCGUAUCCCCGUUUCCAUUCGACAGAAGUUGUGCGGCAGCCUGGACGCUCCGCAGACCAGAGGAAAUGACUGGAGGAUGUUGGCUCAUAAACUUAACCUUGACAGGUAUCUGAACUACUUUGCCACCAAAUCCAGUCCUACAGGAGUCAUCCUGGACUUAUGGGAGGCUCAGCAUUUUCCUGAUGGCAACCUCAGUCGCCUUGCCCAAGUUCUGGAAGAGAUGGGACGCCAUGACAGCCUUGUUCCUUCUGUGACUGAGCACUGACGUCCGCCCAUCUGGAAGUGUGACAUUCCAGAAAGGAAGAAGACAUAACAAGAAAACGAGCGAGGGGGGACCCCCAAAAAUCAGGACAGUCAUUUGGCAUCUCGGGGACAAAUGCUCGUUAAUACUCACUAAUGCUGCGUGAGUGUACACUCAAAGUAAGAAUAUAGAAACAGCCAGGUUUUCUCAGCCAUGACCUAGUUAAAUGUUGGCAACAAAGAGAGUAAAAACCUGGGUAGUAAACAAGAUGUUUGCCAGUCACUUCUCUGGCUGUUCCUUCAUCUCUCUGGUAUGACGACAUGAUAUUUUUGGCUCCGGUUUCCCUGGAAACAGCUGUCCAGUUAUUUGGAUGGGCCGUACGGAUGUGGAUGACACUGUCACAGUACCCAAGUGUUAUGAUACACAAUGAGAGGUCAAUGGAUCAAAAGAGGAAGACUUGGAUGAGCGGAGGAAUUUCUAACUCUUUAAAAUCAGUUUCCAUAGCAACUCCAUGGACAAAUAUGUGUUCUGUGAUGACAAAGUACUUAAUAAUAUGCCUAUUUAAACAUAUGAUUUUUUUUAUAUCGUUCUGCCUGCUAACGAAUACUUUGCAGUCCAUUCAGUUGUUGUAUGUUUAUGUUUGGCUGUAUCAUAGCACCACCUGGUGGACAGUGGAUGCAGUAACGAUCCAUCUUGUCAUCAACAUAUGAGUACAGAAGGAAAUCAGUCAUUUUUUAGUGUCCUUGUUGUAACUACUAUUAAUACCUUUUAGUUAUUUUUUUUAAUAUAUAUAUAAUUAUUUCUUAUUAGUUACGUGUGAUUCUUUUAUAUUUUGUCUUUCAUUUUUAAUGAUGUUUGAGUUGCAUCUGUGAUAGUUCUUAUUUUUAUCUCUUUUUUUGGCAUGUUAUUUUUCUCACCUGGUAAUUUGGUUAAUAAUACAAGUCUGUUGGCCCUAAAUGGAGAGGUUUCAGAAGGAAAAAAGUAAAGAUUUUUAUGUUCAGUUAAUAUAAUUUACAUGACAGACAAUAGUGGAAGAUAGUGUAAUCAAACAGGUAUAUUUUUGUAGGACCAAUUCAACUGAAAACAGCUGCUUUUUACCAAAUAACAUACAUUUAAAGUUGAAUUUAAUACAGAAGGUAAUCCGCUUAACAUUGUGUCAUCUCAUGUGUUCAGAAUUGAAUUGCAUUCACCUGUACUUUUGGAAAAAAGCCGAGAUUUUAACUCAGACUUUGAUGUUUGUACAUUAAAUGACAAAAAGCCAUGUUAUGAAGAUACUGAUUAUGUGCAUAAAAUUAGUGAUACCUGUAAAUGCAACAUUCCUUUAUUGCAGCAGCCUCAGUGUUUUUAUUUAAUGCAUUUAAUAAUUUUUUUUAUUUUAAAUGGCAGUUGUCCCAGUUUUUCGUAAAGCCGUCUAUGCAAACUUUGCAUCGUUUUGAAACAAUCUUUACAUUCUCAGUGGGCUAACCUUUGCAUUAACUAGUUGUUUUUCAGCUUUAUGAUUAUUAUUGUGUAUAGUGAGAAUGUAGCCAGUCUGUUUCUGGCACUCAUUAUGUUCCUCUCAACGGCUUGCAUUUCAUCUGUCAAGUUAUUGUACAAAGUGUAAGAAAGAAUUUUUAAAACUAAUAAUAAAUUAUAUUUAUAUGCAACAAUAAUAAAUUGGCUGUGCUCGUUUUGC